AUGAGAGUGUUGUGCUUUAAACACUCCGUUUUGGGGAGCUUUCUUGAGUAUAAUGGAGCAUCCCAGUCAGUUUUGAUUUUCCUUCUGAUUCCAUGUUGCUUGCCUGAGGAGUUUAGGGCACCUCCACUUAUCCCUAAUGUGCCUUUCCUCUGGGCCUGGAAUGCUCCCACUGAAUCUUGUGCCACAAGGUACAAUGAGCAUCUAGAUCUUAGUCUGUUUUCUUUAAUAGGAAGCCCCAAAAAAACUGCCACGGGUCAAGGCGUCACCAUAUUUUACACUGAUCGCCUUGGCCUCUAUCCUCACAUAGAUGAGUCACAAACAAGUAUUCACGGAGGGAUACCUCAGUUGGCGCCUCUGAAAACUCAUUUGGCCAAAGCUAGGAAUGACAUCCUGCAUUACAUGCCACUAGACAAUGUGGGCCUGGCUGUCAUUGACUGGGAAGACUGGAGACCCACCUGGGCAAGAAACUGGAAACCCAAGGACAUUUACAGGAAUAAAUCUAUUGAACUCGUCCAGCAACAAUAUUUACAACUUAAUCUCACAGAAAUCAUCAAGAAGGCCAAAAAAGACUUUGAAGAGGCAGGAAGACGUUUUAUGGAAGAGACUUUAAAGUUGGGACAAUCAAUUCGGCCAAAUCACUUAUGGGGUUUUUAUCUCUUUCCUGAUUGUUAUAACAAUAAAUAUAAAGACCCCAAUUACAAUGGAAACUGCCCUGAUAUUGAAAAGAAAAGAAACGAUGAUCUCUCCUGGAUGUGGAAACAAAGCACAGCCCUCUACCCAUCCAUCUAUUUGAGGAGUGCUUUGAAGUCAUCUCCAAAUGCAGCACUCUAUGUCAGGAACCGUGUGCUAGAGGCCAUCAGGGUGUCUAAAGUAAAGGACAAGCAGAAUCCAGUUCCUGUUUUUGUAUACUUUCGCCUUGUGUUUUCUGACCUAACUUUACAAUAUCUGCAUCAGGAUGACCUUGUGAAUACGAUUGGUGAAACAGUCGCUCUUGGUGCCUCUGGAAUGGUUAUAUGGGGAACUCUUGGCUUAGCACGAAGUAUGAAAUCAUGCCUGAACUUACAUAAUUACUUGGAGAAUACCCUGAAUCCGUAUUUAAUCAACGUCACCCUUGCAGCCAAGAUGUGCAGCCAAACACUCUGCCAGGAUCAAGGUGUAUGUUCGAGGAAAGACUGGAAUUCAGAUGAAUAUCUUCACUUGAGUCCCCGAAAUUUUGAGAUUCAAUUUGUGAAAAGCGGAAAGUAUGAAAUCCGUGGCAGCCCCACCUUUGAUGACCUGCAGUACUUUUCCGAAAAGUUUCAUUGCACCUGUUACGCCAACUUGAACUGUAAAGAGAGAGAUGACAUGGAAAGUGUGAGCACCGUCAGUGUGUGUGCUGUUGAAGAUGUCUGCAUUAAUUCCUUUGUAAUUGAAGAACCUAGGUCGCUGCCUGAGAACUGGAACCGCCCUUACUUUGCUAGGAGCAAUCAGUCGUCAGAAACUACAGCGUCUGCUGUAGUGAGUCCAUGUGUGCCAAGGCAAAGUGUCAGUGGGUAUCUCUUUGUUCUCUCUAUCUAUUCACAGCACGUGAAAUAUUUGCUAUAG